UCCAAGAAACCCUUAAUUAUGGCAAUACUUAGAGCUCUCAAUCUUCUUCCCCUAAUCUUCAUUUUUGCCCUAAUUUGUUCCAUUGCACAUUCCACAAUAAAUCUUUCAACACCAUCGCCAUUCGAGUUCCUCAACAACCUUCAAGGAAGCCAUAAAGGCAACUCAUCUCAAGGUCUCUAUAAGCUCAAACACUACCUAGAACAAUUUGGCUAUCUCAAAUAUGAAAACCAAGCCCAUCUUGAUGUCAAUGAAUUCGACACCAACCUCGAAACUGCCCUCAAAACCUACCAAGAAAAUUUCAACAUUACCCCCACCGGCAUACUCGAUGAUGCAACAAUAGCCCAAAUGACCAUUCCCCGUUGCGGAGUCCCUGACAUCAUCAAUGGCGACAACACAAUGGCGAGAAAGAACCACCACGGUCCAUUGUCCAAAUCCAUCAACACGGUCGCACAUUAUAGUUUCUUCCCCAAUCGCCCUCGCUGGCCACCUUCGAAAACACACUUAACCUACAGGUACCUCCCGAACACUCGAUCAGAUGCAAUAUCGGCAGGGGAUAGCGCUUUCAGAACAUGGGAUCAUACCACACGCUUCAGCUUCGCGCGUGUUCCUAGCAAUUCAAGAUCAGAUCUAAGCAUCGGGUUUUUCUCAGGGAAUCAUAAUGAUGGAAGCCCAUUCGACGGUCGUGGGGGAGUCUUGGCGCAUGCCUUUGCUCCGACUGAUGGAAGGUUUCAUUAUGAUGCAGCUGAAAAUUGGGUGAAUGGAGCUUCUCCUGGUCGAUUCGAUCUGUACACAGUUGCCUUACACGAGAUUGGGCAUUUGUUGGGGCUCGGACAUAGCCAAUCUCAGUCUGCAAUCAUGUUCCCUUCCAUCCCAUCUGGAACAAUCAAAGGUUUGAGCUCUGAUGACAUUAAUGGGAUUAGAGCUUUAUAUGCAUGAGGGAGAGGGAGAGCAAUAAGAUAAUCCACAAUAAUUGAAGAUAAUAUAGAAUAAAGAUAAAACUUUGUUGUGGUUAUACUUUAUGAAGCCAUUUUGAGAACUUGUGUGUUGUGUUUGGGUAAAAUGUGUUUUAAGAAUUGAUGGUAUUUUGCAUUUUAUAAAGAUGCAAGUCACAUCAAUUUUUGUUGAAUAAAAUAUGUU